AUGCCUAUAGACGAGGAGGCCAACCUUUGGCCUACCGACAACCUACUACUUCGAGAAGGUCGCAAACACUAUCGGAGCAGCGUCUCGCCAAUUCACUGGCAGCUUCGAUCACUACUUAGUGCAGAACGACAGCACAUCCUCUACUUCCCUGCCGGUGUCAACAACACGCACAUCCAACGACUUGACACAUCGACUCGCGAAUGUGAGACUAUCAAAGUAAUCAGCUUCCACCCACGAUGCCUUAUUGCUAGUAAGGGCUGGAUCUGCUGUGGUGGCGAGAGUGGAGAGUUGGUUGUUAUUAGAGAAUCAGGAAGCAGUGAUGUCCAGGCCGACAACAUUAGCAGAGACUAUCGGUCGAGACUGAACUCGAUGGAGAACUCUAACAUGGCCGAAGGACCCAUGCUUCAGCUCCAACGAGACAUGCUUACAGUUGUGGAACGAAUUAACGGUUCGAACAAGACUUGGUCAGCCUCAAGCUACAAGGUCGGCACUGAACGCGUCAACUGCAUAACCAUGUGGCACCCGCCUACAGAGAACGGUGCACCGGCGCCAGGACAGUAUGACUCGCCAGUAGCCAUUGUGGCUAACAACGACAAGACCAUCACGAUCAUAGGACUCUACGAACCCGAUCUACAUAAGGAUGUUUUAGAGUAUCCUGACUGUGUCAACCGCGGCGUCAUUUCUCCCGAUGGAUCUCUUCUCAUUGCCAUCUGUGACGACCCGUACCUCUAUAUCCACGUGCGGCAACCGUUUACUCAGCAUUACCAUGGAGUAUCACGACAAUCCUACAAGUGGAAAGAGUUACCAAGAUUGCGACUUAAGGGCGAAUGGGAGAAAGACACUUCGGAAUGUAGGGGUAGUUUUGCGGCUUGCUUUUCCUCAUCUGGAAAGUACUUGGCCGUGGGCACUCAGUAUGGCACUAUCUCCAUUUUUGAUGCUGUCGCUCUCAAGGAUCCCGACUCCGAACCCUUGAUUACGUACUUUAAUUCUGACCGAGCUCCUGAAGAAUGCGGCGCCGUGAGAGACAUGGCCUUUUCGCCAGGGCCCCAUGACCUUUUGGCAUGGUCCGAACACCGGGGACGGAUUGGCGUGGCGGAUGCACGCACUAAUUUCAAGCGCCGACAGAUCAUCCCUUUACAGAACCAUCAAGGCUUCAAUCACUACUCUCUUAACGACAGUAGCAGCACGAUCGAACCGAGCCUACUCGUCUCGCAUGGUGAAACAAAUGGACGCGGUCCCGGGGGUUAUGUUGCGGGAGGAUCCGGUUCGCUACUCGAGCGCUGGGGACGAGCGAUGGCCGAUCGACCGCUACCUAACCCGGAAUCUUCGAACACGGCGAGAGUCAACCAACCCUUUAGUUCGGACGAGGUUGCGGUCCUGGAAGCGUUUCAGAGUGACCGUCGCCGACGCGAAAACCGGGACCGGGAUCGAAGCGAACAGGAGCAAAGGCUUGGAGAGCAUAGGAGUCAGCGAGCCGCUGAGAGAAGUGCGACAUGGAGACCAUUGGCUUGGACAGACCGAAGCGAGGCGAUGACUCGCAUUAUUGAGCGAGAACGAAUGCGCGAUCAACAUCGUUCGGGUACCAGUCAAACACCGCCUGAACAAGAUCUCGGAAGAGUUGCCGCUGCGGGACGAGAGCGUCGACGAAGCGCAUCUAUCAUGCAUUCGCUGGCGCAGAAUAUAGACAACAUGUCGCAAUAUACGGCCAACCGAACGCAAGCUCAAGACAACGACGCGAACAACGACAGUUCGGCGACAUCGCGUGAACGUGCGUCUUCCCCAUGGUUUUCUGGACGACUUAGUUCCGCCUGGCCCCCUGAUUCGGAGAAUAUAGCGAUGGCGUAUCUGAACGAUCGCGGCACCCAAGAUAACGCUCGAACCGAAUCCAGCAGGCCCCGCCGAGGAAUACCUGUAAUCGCCGAUGUGUGGUCCAACGACUCCCUCUUCACUAGGAUCAGAACAGGCAGCCGUGAGCAUCAGCAGAAUCCGGAUGAUACUGCGGGUUUGGCGUGGAGCGAGGACGGGCGAACAUUGUAUGCCGCAGCUGAGGAUGGUAUAUACGAACUUCAUGUCAAUAUGCUGGGCAGAAGACAGUUCCCCGAUCUCCAGCUUCGUUAG